AUGUAAUCUAAUAAUCCUAAACAAGGAUUACUCUCAAAUUAAUCUGAUUCUAAAUAACAAAACUGUUUAUUCGAAUUUGAAGAUUUUGGAAUUGACUAAGAUUAAAUCUACCUUGAUGAUGCAAGUAAAUUAUUUUACUAAUUAUUAGAAAUCUAAACUAACACUGAAAAUUUAAACAAUCUUCAUUAAGAACCAAUAACCAUGUUAAAAAGUAAUUAGAACUCUAAACUCUAAACUGGUUAAAGUGAACAGUAAUAGUAAUUAUUAUUAUCCAAUCCUAUUCAGUAAUAAGUUCUAUAAGUACAGCUAAUUUUAAUUAGUUUUUAUAGAAUCCUAUGUUAAAUACUCAUAACUUAUCUCAUUCACAUUAACAUCAGACUAUAGUUGUAGAAUAAUAAAAGGAAAGUAAUUCCAAUUAAAUUUCUCAUAUUCAAAAUGAAAAUUGUAAUUAAUCUAAGUGAAGAUUUAUUUUUUAAUUUAGUUAAAUGCAAUCAACAUGCAUGUUCUGUUUGACUCUACAAUUAAUUCCAAAAAAUAAAUGUGUUUUUAUGUGUUACAAUUGUAAAUAAAUUAAUAAAUUGAUAUAUGCAUAUUUUAUUUGUGGUACAUGUAGAAAAACUGUAAUAUAUCAAUAAGGAAGUAAUAAUUUUUACUAUUUAAGUUUCGAAUUUAAUAAAUUGUACAAAUUGUUUGACCAUCAAUUAUAUAUAAUAGUAAAAUCUCCCAAAUACUUUUUUAUAAACUACAUUUUAAGCUGGAUAGCUUUAAUCCUAAUUUUAUUAAACAUAGACUAUAUCUUCUAUAUAAAAUUAAUAAUAAAUAUAGUGUUCUCAAUAAUAAUAACAAUAACAGAAUCAUGUGUCAGACCUUGAAGCUGAAUUUAAAGAAUUAAAUAAUUGA